AUGUCUGCUCUGCUGGAGGGAGAGUUCACUGCACUGACACUGUUAUUAAAGGCUCCCUCGAAGGAUGUGGUUCAGAAGCUGUGCAGAGAUUCCUUCCCGAGGUCUUCCAUUGGCUCAGAACAUUUGAUGGACAGCGUUUCCUCCAGUCUGUCCAUUACAACAGAGGAAGCGGCUCAGGUGGUGCAGGCUCUGCACACUCUCACGCGGCAUGUGGUGUACAAAGGCCUGACAACCGCUGAGCAGAUUCUGUCCGUCUUCCCAGGUGACUUCCAUCAGAACCUAAAAAACCUUCUGACCAAAAUGAUCCUGGACCAUGUGUCUACAUGGAGGAACGAAGCUCAGAACACCAGCAUCUCGCUGCCUCGGCUUGUAGAUCUGGACUGGAGGGUCGAUAUAAAAACCUCAUCAGAUUCAGUGACUAGAAUGGCUGUGCCGACGUGCCUACUACAGAUGAAGAUUCAAGAGGACCCAGAUCUGUGUGGGCUGGACCCAGCGACAUCCACACUGACCAUGGAACUCAGCAAAGAAACCCUGGACACCAUGCUGGACGGAUUAGGCAGGAUAAGAGAUCAGCUGUCUGCAGUUGCUAGCAAAUAA